UGAAACUUCCCAUUUACAGGUUUCUUGUGAGUUUUUGUUAUUCUGUUGACUUAGCAUUUUGUUCUUUUUGGUUAUCAUGUUCAUGUCCUAGUUGUGUUACACGUUAGAAGCACACUAACGUUUUAUUCCGUAAUGUUAAGUCUUUGUCAUUCUAUUUUGAUGUUUAAAGCCCAUGCUUACUGGGCCUUAGGUUAGCACCGACUAUGAAUAGAUGAUGAGAUUACUUAACAUCAUCUAAUUAGGUCACACAUCGUCUUAUAAUUCAGAGUUUGGUAUAUAUCUUCCUCUGUAAGCAAAUACAACGACAAUGAAUAGAGGAGGAAAUUUCGAGUCUAUUCCAAUUGAUCUCAUCCUCGAGAUAUUCUCGAGAUUGUCUUCAAAGUCAAUCGGGAAGUGUCGUUGCGUGUCGAAGCUAUGGAGGUCAAUGCUUCUCCGUCCAGAUUUCACCGAGUUGUUCUUGACCAAGUCCGCUUCUCGUCCACGUCUCUUUUUUGUCCUCAAAAGAUACAAUGACUGGUGCUUCUGCUCGUCGCCUCAGCCACAGAAUCCAUAUGAGAAGUCUCUUGUAGUAGCCGUUGAUUAUCAUACCAAGUUCUCUAAAACCAGGUGGCCAGAUUUUCUUGGCCUUACCUCUGGUUUGAUCUAUUUAUCUAUUAUGGAGACCUUUAUGGAUAGAAAGCGUAUGAUAUGUAACCCUAUCACGGGUAAGUAUGCGACCUUACCUAAACUGAUGGUGAACAGGAUUAACCUUUUUGGAUUUGAUCCGAUCGACAAGCAAUUCAAAGUGUUGGUAAUGAACAAUAAAGUUUAUAAUGGAACGGGUAUUAAUAUUUUGACAUUAGGAACUGGAAAAAUGAGGUGGAGGAAGAUCCGUUGUCCCUUAUCCCAUAAGGUUUGUGGUGAAGGGAUAUGCGUCAAUGGAGUUUGGUAUUAUUUAGCUUGCAAAAUUGAUGAAGAGUAUUAUUAUGUGAUUGAUGAAGAGUCUUAUGUGAUAGUUUGCUUUGAUGUUGGGUCUGAGAAAUUCAAGUUUAUAGAUGCAAAAUGCAUUGGGCGAGAUACUACAUUGAUUAACUAUAAGGGUAAAUUAGGUGGGAUUGAUUGGGUUGAUAGGGGUAACCGUGAGUUAUGUAUGUGGGUUCUAGAGGAUGUCGAGAAACAGAAAUGGUCGAAAUAUGUUUACACUUUGCCGGAGGAUGAAGUCCUAAUUGAAUUAGACAAUUAUUAUGUUGUUGGAGUGACAGCUAGAGGUGAAGUUGUUUUGUCGAGGAAACGUACACGUGAACCGUUUUAUGUUUUUUUCUUCAAUCCCGAAAGGAACACUCUCCAAAGGGUUGAAAUCCAAGGUUUGGGAGAUGACCGAAGACGGUUUGAUAUUUACACCUUUGUAGAUCAUGUAGAAGAUCUUACGUUUAAUGCUAUGAAGACAGAAUAUGGUGCAACAUCCAUAGAACGUGAGCGUAAACCCACGAGCACCGGUGCUUUUGCGAGCGUUAACAAAUUUGAUGCUCUGUGUCUUUUAGACUAUGAUGAAUUUACAGGUGCCGAAAUCUGAUUCAUUCCCUUGUUCCCUAAGUCAGCUAAAAAGGUCUCUCUAUUUGAUACAAGUUGUAUUCUCUCUGUAAACAUCAAGUUAUCAAAGUUGUUCUUUAUAAGAAA